AUGUCUGAGAAAUAUCCCCCAAAAAGUAUAGUUUUAGCAAAGGUAAAAGGGUAUCCACCAUGGCCAGCAAUGGUCUUGGAUGAAUCUCUAUUACCUCAACAUAUUCAAAAUAAGAAACCAAAACCAAAAUCAAAAGCAAAGCCAACCAACGCUUCCCCUUCUUCUCCUUCUCAAAAUAAUAGCGGUGCCACUAGCAAUGUGCUACCGAUAAAAUUCUUCAGUGACGAUACUUAUAUCUGGAUAAAUAUCAAUGAUUUAAAACCAUUACAUAAAGAUGAUAUAGCAAUACAUUUUGCAACUAGUUCAGCAAAAAGAAGAAAAGAUCAGGUAUUGGAAAAGGCAUUCGAAUUGGCUAGCAAUCCUCUAGAUAUGGAGGAGUUUAUAAGAUAUGGCUCUAAUGGCAAACCCGAAAUCAUUGAAACAGGUGACGACGACGACGACGACGAAGAAGAAGCUGUAAGCGAUGAUGUGGAAAUUGUAAAAGCACCGCCUAAAAAGAAACAAAAGACCACCACCACAAAAUCCAAAUCCAAAUCCUCCUCCUCCACCACCACCACUAUUUCCUCCUCCUCCUCCACUGUAGCACCGCUGAAACCUAGCAAGAAAAGCGCACAAGCCCUCAAAAAUGAAGCAGCAAAACUAAAAAAGGAAGAGGAAAAGAAAUUGCUUCUUGAAUAUGAUUCAGAUUGGGGAUUGGACGAUUUCAACAAGUAUGACGAAGAGGAGGGCAACUAUAUAUAUGAUUUUGAAGACCAGCAGGAUAGCAUAAUGAGUAAAAUUGGCUCAUCUGCAGAGCUCGUUGAGUCAUAUAAUAGAGUAUUGGGUAAGUUUAAGAAAUGGGAAGAUGUCAUUGUAGAGGAAAUUCUUGCUAUUGAUGAUGAUUUAAAUGAAGUGGAUCUUGAUGCUCUAGAAAAGGCCUUGACCCAAUUUCAAAACUCGUUGCCCAAAAUACCGAGAUCGAUUAUUAGCAAAAGCAAACUUUUGAGAAUUUUGAUUUUGAACCAACGCAAACCUGUGGCUUCCAAUGAUAAGGAUUUGGUUAUGUUUAAGAACCAGAUUAGGACGAUAUUGGGGAAGUUGGGGAUUGAAGUGAGGGAAAACACCGAAGAGGAAUUGGAAGCCAAGAGUGACAACACUACCACUGCUGGCAGUACCAAACAACUGACUCCAGAAGUUAUCGCCACCUCACGAAGCACCUCUGAAGAUGCAUUGGAGACACUAAGAAAUAAUACUACUACAAAUAAAGAUGUGGAAAUAAAGCAAGAACAUUCAUCACCUUUGAAAAAUGAAAUUCUUGCUACUAUCGACACUAUCGACACUAUCGAGCGAAGCGAGAUAGUGGAGCUGCACUGA